UUAAGCCAUCAAAGUCCUCAAAUAUAAUUAUUGUGUUAUUUUGGAAUCAUCUAACACCAUCAAGUACCUCAGAUAUGUAUUCCCCAAUUAAAAAGAAAAAAACAAUGUGGACUAAAACAAUGCUACAGGUAUCCUGCCAUGUUUUGUGUUUUGCAUUGCUUACUCUGUAUGGAAUGGUACCGAUGCUGCAGAUUAUGGCUUGAUAAUGGAGCAUUGAGUCAUACUCAUGAUGCGGAUGGUAAUCAGAUCGAGGGAGAGAAAUAGAGAGAGAGACUCAAUAUGCUUACUUCACCUCCGUGCAACCGUCAGUUCUGCUCUAAAGGCUACACUAAUGCAAUUCAUUAAAGUGGAUGCUCUCGCAUGAGGCCCCUGUCAACAAUGUCUGUAGCUUUUCACAGGCAGAGAGAAUGCUCUUUGCCAUUUUUGCGUUUGCCACAUGCGGUGGCUACACCGGGCAGCUGAGGGUUAGUGUUGACUGCAUGGAGAAGGCCAGCAGCAACCUCAGCAUCGCCAUAGACUUCUCCUAUCCUUUCAGGCUGCACCAGGUGUCCUUUGAAGCCCCGCUGUGCGAAGAAAUGAGGAGUGAGCGCCUUUUCCUCUCUGGGGACUACUCCUCCUCUGCAGAGUUCUUCGUCACCAUAUCGGUCUUCGCCUUCCUCUACUCCCUCAUGGCCACCGUCGUGUACAUCUUCUACCACAACAAGUACUGCGAGAACAACCGAGGGCCCCUUAUCGACUUCAUUGUGACGGUAGUGUUCUCCUUCCUGUGGUUGGUGAGUUCGUCCGCCUGGGCCAAGGCUCUGUCUGACGUCAAGAUGGCCACAGACCCCGACGAGGUGCAGCUGCUCGUCUCCGCCUGUAAAGAUCAAAGAAACAAGUGUGGCUCUGUGCAGGGACCGCGCUGGUCUGGCCUCAACACCUCUGUGGUGUUUGGAUUCCUCAACUUUGUGCUCUGGGCUGGCAACAUCUGGUUUGUGUUCAAGGAGACAGGGUGGCACAAAGGAGCUGUGAAGCAGCAAGGAGGGCCACCAGAGAAACAGUCCUGCUCUUUCGGUCAGCAGGCCUACAACCCGAGCAGCUUUGACCAAUCAGGGGGCUAUGGUGCCCAGGGAGACCAAUCCCCACCCUCUGAAUAUAGCCAGGUUGGGGACUCCACCUUAUACCCCAAUCCAAUGUAGGUGCAUCUCUAUACUUCAGUUAGCAGAAACGCUGUACUAUAAUCUAAAGGUUAUUCAGGAUAAGAGUUAAAAAAAUAAAAAGGAAGAGUACUUAUCCGAAUAAUGCAGACCCCUCAAUUUGGUUCAUCCUUUUCUGAUGGGACUGUGUUUAAUAAGUGAAAAGCGAUAUGCAGAAUACUAAUGUGAAGUUAUAGGUGUACUUAUUGUGACAGUAAAGGUAUUGAUAGCUAUAUUGAACCAAACAUGGUCACAAACAGUAUUUUGUUUUUGAGUUGUUAAUUGUUGUAGUGUUUGUAUUCUGUAAAAAUGUGUUUCUAUCUAUUUUUCAGUGCUUGGUGUGUUUCCCCUUCAUUGUUAGAUAAUGUUUAAUAGGAUGCAUUGACCACAUGCAUGACUUGUUGGCGAUAGUGUGCUCUCUAAUUGCACGUUUAAAAAAAGACAGCAAUGUAUCACUGAACUCAAGUCUUUUUCAAACAGAUAUUCUAAAGUGGAUAUUAUGUCAUAUUUUGUCUGUUAUUUUUUUUUAAAGUUAAUAACUGUUUAUUUCCUAUUCAUACAUAACACAAACUUUAUGAAAUGCUACCACAUAUCCAGAGAGCAAACUUAAAACCUUAAGUGUAGCCAAUAAGACAUUUACAUUUUAAUAGAAUAAAGGCAAAAUUUACGUAUUAUAAUACGAUCUCCAUGCAAAACAAUUACGUGUAUAUAUUGGGGCUUUGGGUACUUUAUUUAUUUGGGUUUGACAAACUUUGGUUUUUGUUUAAACAAAACCUUGUAACCUUGUUUUUUGACUUCCUUCAACUUUAUGAUGUAAAAGGAUUUCAUAGAUUUACUCCUUUCCUAAGCGUAUAACAGGAAUAUGUGGACAUGUCGAUUAAAUGGCACUUCUAACAACUAGCCUACUGUGUCAAUAAUAUUGUGCAGUGUUUGACUAAUGCAUUUAAAGAAAACAAACCCUUUUUCUUUGGUCUUCAA